CAAGCAGAGGUGCAUUGACGAUUGCGCGCUGGUGACGGGCGUAUGCCCAAGUGCCAACAAGCAGCAACUUAGGACUCUAAGGCGCCACUUAGAAUGCUGGUAGGAGGAGAGAAGCCUGCUGGGAGCACCAGAACACCACGAAGCUCAUCUCAUACCUGCUACUAUCUUAUACCAGUUGGGACAACGAGGUUGCACUCGAUCAUCAUAAACGUCCGCCAGCCUCAUUAGGAAAUACCGAAACUACUUGUCCCUUCCGAUUUCCAAUUCUAAGCUCAUCCAUCUCCUAUUCCAUCACCAUGAGGGCCGCCGCAUUCUUUCCGAUCCUCCUUGCCGGCAUGGCUGGCAUGACUUCGGCCGCUGUCCUCCCUCGCUCGGACGCCGACGACAUCGCCAUAUAUGGCAGAAUCGGCAUCUGCUUUUCCUACUUCGCGGACGGGAACAUACAGAAGGAGCUCGCCCCGUGCUCGGUCUGGUGUCCGACGCAAAACCCUGACUCGGACCCGAACGCCGUGGGGUGCAAGGGACCCGGCAUCUCGCGCGAGAAGAUCGACCGCAGUAUCGUCUUCAAGGACGACGACGGGAAGGAGUACACGCCGGGCGAGUGCAUCUGCGACCUGGAGGGCGCGAGCGUCAUCCUCGCCGUCGUACUGAAGGCGCUGUCGGAGCUCGACGAGGUGCUGUGCGGCGUGGUCCUGUCGGCCAUCACGACGCUCGUCGAGGUCGGCCUCAGCGCCUUGCCCGGCGGCGCCCCCGGCACGGCCGCCCGCCGCGCCGUCGAGAGCGCCAAGACCUUCGCCGAGAACGGGCUCGACGCCGCCUCUUACUUCGACAGCUGGAUCGGCGCCGUCUGUGGCAUCCCCAACUUCGCCUUCAACAUCGACGACGUCUUCCAGGGCCUCAACAAUGCCCCCGACUCCCUCGGCAGGAGCAGGGGCUGCUUCAAGAAGGGCGGUUGCUAGGCAUGCUAGUUCUUUGAGGUACUUACGAGUGGGAAUCGGACCUAUACGCAUGUCGACAAUGGGAUAUUGCUUUGCUCGGCGCUUGGGAGGUUUGUGGGAUAGGCGUGUCGGAAUUCCACUCCUUUUUAUUUUAUAUACCCUGUGGUUUGGCGUUCGGGAGCGGUUUGCUCGGGUAGACUGAUAUCGUGGUUCGGGGUGCAUUCUGGAUGGUAGGGGACCGGGCGGGUGGUGUUCAUACCGGCUACCGGAUACGAGCUGAACAUAAUGCUAAUACGUAUCGACAUUGUUGUUUUUGGAGUUUCGAACACUCUCGUGUUGUAUAUCGUUGAUUCCCCGUAUACGUAUACUACGUCAGGUUCCUCGCUCGGGUUAGAGGAUGUGUACCCCCGAGUACCGAUAUCUCCCAAAGAUAUGUAGAUAUCAGGUAUUUUGAACAUAACAGGUGUAUGAUCCUUGCCAUCUGCUGUUCGUCCCCCACAAGCAUAAAGUUACGCUGGUUUAUGACCCCCGCGC